UUAAAUUAUCAGAUCCAAUAUCAGAUAAAAACAUCUCAUUACUCUGAUUGCUGGAAAAUAUAAAAGGUGCAAAUUAGAGAAACAUCGUUAGUAGGCAUCUGAGAAUCUAAGAAAUUACAACACAAAAUGUACCUGCAAAAGAAAUAUCAAAAUGUCCUCUUGAUGUGUCUCCUGUGCUGGCAGAUCACCGAAACCCUGACUGCCAACUGCUGUCAAGAAGGUGCAACCCAAGCGAACCCCCUCGAUUGCACCCAGUACUAUGUUUGCUCGGGUGGAGUCCUCGUUUCCCAGUCCUGUCCCAGUGGAGACUAUUGGAAUGCGGGUACCUGUGAACAGAACAACGGACAAUGUUGUCCUGGCAGCUGCAGCGGUGAUGAACUCCAGGUGGAUCCCCAGAAUUGUGCUGCCUACUAUCAGUGUGUGAAUGGACAGAUUGUGAAUCAGAAAUGCGCCACUGGAACUUAUUUCGAUACCUCAAUCAAGGCAUGUGUGGUCGACAGUGAAGGUAUUUGUGUUGGCUAAACUUGUUGAGUUUGUGUUAAAAAAAACACUUGUAAAAUGCUAUAAUAAACAUUCAUUUU